UGGAUAGUGGAGUGUGGGAGGAAAGGGCUGAAGGAGGAGUGUGGGACCGGGGUUCAGAGGGAAAAAAUAAAGCGAACAGAAUACACCCUCGGUUUAUUAUCAAGUAGAUACUUCGGUUUAUUCAUUUUAAUUAAUUUUUUUUGCAAUAACUCAAACAUCGGGAAAGUUAUCAGGAGCCGCCGCUGAGAUUCCCUCCCUCUCCCUCUCUCUGUCUCUCUCUCGCCAUGGCAGGUGCCGGAGGCGGGGGCAACGAUGUUCAGUGGUGCUUCUCGCAGGUCAAAGGAGCAAUCGAUGAUGACGUAGCUGAAGCUGAUAUCAUCUCCACCGUGGAGUUCAACCACUCAGGGGAGCUGUUAGCCACCGGAGAUAAAGGCGGACGUGUCGUCAUCUUCCAGCAAGACAUCGAGAACAAGGCCCAGUGCCGCAGCGACUACAACGUUUACAGCACGUUCCAGAGCCACGAGCCCGAAUUCGACUACCUGAAGAGUCUGGAGAUCGAAGAGAAGAUCAACAAGAUCCGCUGGCUGCCGCAGAAAAACGCUGCACAGUUCCUGUUGUCCACAAACGAUAAAACUAUAAAGUUGUGGAAGAUAAGUGAACGUGAUAAGAGACCAGAGGGCUACAAUCUGAAAGAGGAGGACGGCCGCUGCAGAGAUUCGACCACCAUCACUACUCUACGGGUGCCCGUUUUCAGACCCAUGGACCUGAUGGUGGAGGCGAGCCCUCGCCGUGUGUUCGCCAACGCUCACACUUACCACAUCAACUCCAUCUCUGUAAACAGCGACAACGAGACGUACCUGUCUGCCGACGACCUGCGCAUCAACCUGUGGCACCUGGAGAUCACCGACCGCAGCUUCAACAUCGUGGACAUCAAGCCGACCAACAUGGAGGAGCUGACGGAGGUGAUCACGGCGGCCGAGUUCCACCCGCACCAGUGCAACACCUUCGUCUACAGCAGCAGCAAGGGCACCAUCCGCCUGUGUGACAUGCGCGCCUCCGCCCUCUGCGACAAGCACUCCAAACUGUUCGAGGAGCCAGAAGACCCCAGCAACCGCUCUUUCUUCUCAGAAAUCAUCUCUUCCAUCUCGGACGUGAAGUUCAGCCACAGCGGUCGCUACAUGAUGACCAGAGAUUAUUUGUCCAUCAAGAUCUGGGACCUGAACAUGGAGAACCGGCCAGUGGAGACGUACCAGGUUCAUGAAUACCUCAGGAGUAAGCUGUGCUCGCUCUAUGAAAACGACUGCAUCUUCGACAAGUUCGAGUGCUGCUGGAGCGGGAACGACAGCGUGGUGAUGACGGGCUCGUACAACAACUUCUUCCGCAUGCUGGAGCGCACACAGCGGCGAGACGUCACCCUGGAGGCGUGCCGCGAGAGCUGCAAGCCGCGGCAGGUCCUGAAGCCGCGGCGCGUGUGCGCCGGCGGGAAGAGGAAGAAGGACGAGAUCAGCGUGGACAGCCUGGACUUCAACAAGAAGAUCCUGCACACGGCCUGGCACCCGCACGCCAACAUCAUCGCCGUGGCAACCACCAACAACCUCUACAUCUUCCAGGAGAAGGGCAACUAGGAGCGACCAACCUCACCCACCUCACGCGCUUUCCCCACACCUCCGUCCGCGCGUGCGUGUGUGCGCGUGUGCAUGUGUGUGUGGCUAAAGAGGAACUAGAGAAAAUAGUUUUUUUUGUGAUAACCAUCACCACUACUGUCAUCAUCUUUAUCAUCAUGCCAUCAUCCUGAUCAGGGCGGGGCAGGGUAACAAAAAAAACGGUGCCAUCUUGCUGUACCGCGUCAGACGUGACAUCACGUGUACCCACAAUCCUCUCCUCUUACCCAUCAGGUCUGGCUACAGGGCCACGUCGGCUAACAUGUCAGCCGUUUUGUUUCUGUCCUGUUUUUCUACUUGUCAACCUUCGAAUUAGGAAUGUGCUGAUCAUCAGUGACGCAAUACAUUGCAAUAUUUGCUAUUAUGAUUAGUAUUAUUAUUAAUAAUAUUAUUAUUAUUAUUGUAAUACUUUGAAACACAAACGUAAGAGAAAUUCCAGGAUUCUCUGAGGAUUCCAGCUGCCUCUGCAAUACGAUGCUGUAUUGUAACGUGUCAUAAAUAUCUAAUAAACGACAGCACAUGACUAAUUUGAUCGAAUAAUUCCCUGAAUUCUUUACACCUCAGCUUUUUUUUUGUGCCAUUAAACUUUUUUUUUUUUUUUUUUUUUAAUGUUCUCAGUGAAAUUGCCAAGUUGUUUAGGUUGUUUUAAUUCUGUUUAAAGAAUUUUUUUUGUCUUUCUUUUGCUCAAUAAAUUCUCCUCAAUACUGUAAGUAAAGCACAUGGUUCCGUUCAGCCGUUCAUUCCCCAAAAAAACAAAUACACAAUCAUUAGCACUCACUCAUGCACAUUCACACGUAAACACACAAUUGCGCACGCACACAUACAUAUAAAGAACAAAAGAAGGCCGGUCUCUCCCCCUGGCAGUAUCGUAGUCGUGUGAUUUGUUUGCCGCUGUCUGUCCUCGACGUGCUCCGAUACAAACAGACUGAUGAACUCUUGUUGUAUUUUCUUUUUUUUCUGUUCCCACCUCUCUGUCAGUCUCUCGUUGCAAGCUUGAGAAAGAUUAUAGAGAAUAUGACGAUGGAAAGAAAUGGUAUUUAUAAAACUGAACAAACAUUA